GCUUAAUUUAAGCCGACCUGAUCACUCCCGCUGUCUUGUGGCUGAGCUCCGAACUUCUGAGAAACUGUUGGAUAACGUUCCUGCUCUCCAAAAUUGGCGAAAAAUUACAAAUGUCCGCCUUGAGAAUGGGAAUUGAGGAUAUGGAAUACCUGGGCGAAACACCUGUUCCAAAGCAGCGGCCACUCGCCAAAAAACUGGCUAUGUAUACAAGACCUUUAGAAGAUAUAGAUUGCGGAAGCAUUGACGGAAGCAAAUCAAAGAAACUGCCCGAUGGAGAUUUAAUCAAGGUGGACAUAAUAAAAGGGGAUUGCAAUCCCAAACAGAUCGGGUACAAGCUCAAACUCGGUCCUGAUGUCGAUUGGAGGAAAGAGCUCAAGCUUGUUGAAGACACCAUGCAGAAGCCUGACAUACAGCUUUGCCGUUGUCAGGACGAGCGGAGAGAACACGUGGUCUAUGUGAUGGCAGAUCUACUCGAGACUCACCAGUUAGUCCUCUGUAAGGCUAAGACCUUCGGUGUGAUGAAACCGGUUUACCUGGUUCAAGACGCCCCUGAAAAAAUAAUAGGGGGAUCUCUAAUCACUUUCGAGUGGAUUAAAGACUAGAAAGACAGUUAAGCCAAUAAGUGCAUUGUCAAUUGAAUUGGUUCCCAUAUGCCACGUUAUGAGUUUGUCCAAUGCAUAAAGUUUGGUUCCUGUCUGUAAUUUAGCUUGAUUUUCUGCUCAGUGUUUUAAAUAUCUUGACCUUUUUAUUCUUUGCAACAUUUCCAAAACAUUUUAAAAUUCUUCAGUAAAUUUUAAUGAGGCCAUUUUGUAAAUACAAGUAUCUGAUUAUUCAAAGAGUAUAUACAUAAUUAUGGAUUAUUUGUUUAUAAGUCCUUUUACAAAAUACCAGGUGUGGUGACAUAUUUUCGUGGUUUGCUCUCUGCCUUUUGUUAUAACAAGUA